AUGGCAUCAUUGAAGUCGUUUAUCAAGUCAGUCAGAAAGGCUAAGACAAUUGCUGACGAAAGGUCGGCAGUGAUGAAAGAAUCAGCAGCCAUAAGAACAUCUUUUAGAGAUGCAUCAUUAGACCAAACCACAAGAAGAAUCAAUAUAUCUAAGUUAUUGUAUUUAUACAUUAUGGGAGAAAAAACUCAUUUUGGUCAAGUAGAAUGUUUAAAAUUAUUAGCUUCUCCAAGAUUUGCUGAUAAGAGAUUAGGUUAUUUAGCAACAAUGUUAUUAUUAGAUGAGAACCAAGAGGUUUUAACUUUAUUGACCAAUUCGUUAGAUAAUGACAUGCAACAUCCAAAUGCAUUUGUUGUCGGUUUAGCAUUAUGUUGUUUAGGUAAUAUAGCAUCACCUGAAUUAGCAAGAGAUUUAUAUACUAAUGUUGAUAAAUUGAUGAAUUCUUCUAAUACUUAUUUAAAGAAAAAAGCAGUUAUAGUGGCAGCAAAAUUAGUCGAGAAAGACCCUGAUUUGGCUGAAAUAUUUUUACCAAAAAUCAAUCAAUUGGUUAGCGAUAAACAUCCAAAUAUGAUUUUAAGUACUUCCAGAUUAAUCCAAGCAUUAUAUACUGUACCUGAAUGCCGUCCCACCUUGAUUAAGACUAUACCAAAAAUAAUUGCUCAAUUGAAGAGAAUCACUACCAGCGGUUAUAUGCCCGAUUACGAUGUUAUGGGUAUUACUGAUCCAUUUGCCCAAGUUUACUUAUUGACGACUUUAAGAACAUUAGCAGUAGAUGAAAAUUGCCCCUCUGACUAUUUGGAAGAAAUCAAUGAUACUUUAACUCAAGUUUCGUCUAACUUGGAUAGUGGUAAGAAUGCUGCUCAUGCCAUUCUAUAUGAAUGUGUUAAAACAAUUUUUGCAAUUCAAUCAGAUCAGUCCUUGAAAAUUUUAGGAGUUAAUAUAUUAGGUAAAUUUUUGUCAACAAAAGAUAAUAAUACUCGUUAUGUUGCUCUUGAUACUUUAUUGACUGUUAUUGAUAUUGAACCGUUGGCGGUCCAAAGACAUAGAUCCACCAUUGUUAACUGUUUAGCGGAUGGUGAUAUCUCUAUUAGAAGAAGAGCUUUAGAACUCUCAUUUGCUAUAUUAAAUGAACAGAAUAUCAGAGUUUUGGUUCGUGAAAUUUUACUUUUCUUAGAAAAUUGUACUGAUAACGAAUUGAAACCAUUCAUUACAUCUCAAUUGACUAUUGCUGCAAACAAGUAUGCGCCAAAUGAUAAAUGGCAUUUUGAUACUUUGAUAAGGAUGCUCAAUGUGUCAGGAAAUUUUAUUACUUCUGAUAUUCUUUCGAGUAUUUUAGCUUUAAUCUUACAAUGUAACAAUCAAGAAUUGAAGAAGCAUAUUGUGUCCAAGUUAUACCAAUCAUGUCUUGAAGAUUCGACUCAAUAUGGUUUAUCUUUAAUAACCAUAUGGUGUCUUGGUGAAUACGCUGAUUUAAUAAUGAACGAUUCAAUCGAAGUUAACGGUAAAUCACAAACUGUGACCGAAUCUUCAAUCAUCAAAAUAUUAAAAGAAUUAAUUGAUAAUUCAACUUAUUCUGAACAAGAAACGAUUCAGUUGGUUACUUAUAUCUUAACUGCCAUUAUAAAAUUAUCAGUUAAGUUUAAGGAUUCAAACUCUAUUGAAUCAUUAAGAUUAAUAUUAAAUUCUAAAACUUAUGACACUAAUUUAGAAAUUCAAAUAAGAGCUGUUGAAUAUCAAGAGAUUUUUGCUCAAGAUUAUAAAUUGAAAAGUGGGUUAUUAUCAAAAAUGCCAGCCCCACCAGUGAAAGAAAGAGAAUCUUUAAGUUUACAAGGAGGUCGUAAUAAUAAAUCCAAGGUUAAAGGAAUCAAUAUAUCUAGUUCUGGAUCUACAACCACCAAUGAUUUAUUAGAUUUAAUUGAUGACUCUUCUAAUCAAACUAGCCAAGCCCAACCAGCAUCAUCUAAUAAUAAUGGUGUUGAUUUAUUAUCCGACAUAUUUUCAUCGGGACCAACACCUUCGAAUAAUGAUACCUCCAAUAGAAAUAAUGAUAUAUUAAGUCUAUUUAACUCGAAUGUUUCAGCUCCAGCUUCUGGUACUGCAACGCCACAACCAGAGCCAAUUAAAAAUGAUGGUAAUGAAAAAAUCGAUGCAUUCAAUAAUGAAGAUAUCAAUAUAUCAUUUAUUCCAAAAUCGUUCCCACAAAAUGGCCAAGCUAUUAUUGAAGCAAUUGUUUCGUCCAAGAACAACAGCCAGUCGAUAAGCCAAUUUCAAUUAUUAUUUGCUGUUCCAAAAAGCCAAAAAUUAUCCAUUUCUUCAACCUCAGGAGGAGAUUCCUUGACCGGAGAUGGAGCCACAAUUAAACAAGUUUUGAAGAUCACUGGUAAACAAGGAGCAAAGAUUAAAUUGAGAGUCAAGAUUCAAUAUAAUGUGAGUGGCAAAGUCGUGGAAGAUAUGUUUGAUUUCGGAGAAUUUGUUUCCAAAUUAUGA